AUACAUAAGUUCAAAACAAAAAAAAAAAAAAAUUCUCUCAGUUUGCUGCAGUGGUGUGAUGAAGUGACAUGUUUUCUGUCUUCUCCAUUUUUCAAUCAUCAUCUUAUCAAAUUUCAUUUAAUUCAAAUGUGUUAGUGUUUAUUUAUUUAUUAAUUGUUUUUUUUUCAUCCAUUUACUAUCCUGUAUUAUUGCCUCGUCUCCAAUUCCAAACAACAAGUGUUCACGUGCAUUGAUAAUUAUCAAUUAUUUAAUCAGAAGGAGGCGGCGAAUGAGGAGAGACGCGCCGAGUUGAAAGGCCAGACAUUGGCCAAAUGCGUUAUGGAUAAAACGCCAAAGGGUCUUUUUGGUGUUUUUUUGGCGUGUCUUCUUAUACUCAUUGGAGUAACUGGGGCACAAGAGGAUUAUGGCUGCCCCGAGCAGGAAAAAAUUGCGCCUUGUAGGUGCUCAACGAGGGAUAUGGAGUAUCAAAUUUGGUGCAGUCACAGUGAGCUCCCCAAAGUCCUGGAAGGCAUAAGUGCAGUGAGUCGUUAUAUAUCGCGCCCCAUUGAUGAACUCAUUCUUGAGAACAACAAUCUUCCCAGUCUCCCUGGCAAAGUAUUCACCUCCCUACGAGUUUUACGCCUAAUGUUACGGCACAAUCAUCUGGAACGCGUCUCCUCCGGUUGGCUGGAAGGUCUCCACGAUUCCCUCCUAGAGCUCUUCUUGGUAGAGCCAGAUUUGCGUUCCCUCCCAAUCGACAGUUUGGAUAAUCUCCAAGGCCUGGAGGCGAUCACUCUCCAAAGCCGAUCCAUUAAGCGUCUCCCUCGUUUCUCAGGCUUAAUGAAACUCCGCUACCUCCAGAUCAACUCCAGAGCUCUCAUUGAGCUCUCUCCACCGAAUUUUCGACAUUUGCCAAAUCUCGAGCAGCUCCACGUUUUUGGCAGUCCAAAAUUGGUGAGAUUAGAAGCUGGACUUUUUAGAUCACUCCCGAAGCUCUCCCUCAUCAACAUCACAGACUCAGGAGUCACUUGGAUUCACCCUCGAGCCUUUGUCGACCUUGCCAAACUCAAUGAGAUCUCUCUGGUAGGUAACAAUCUUCCGGAGGCCUCGAUCCUCGGUCGAGCAGUGGUCGACAUACCUCUGCUCUCGACAAUUCGCCUAGAUGCCAAUAGAAUCUCUCACCUCCAAGAAAAAUCUUUCACUGAUCUACCUUUCCUCAGUCGCCUCAGCCUCUCCAAGAACUCUAUCGUCGAGAUAUCAGCUGGAGCCUUUCAAAGGCUCCCACAACUCCGAGUUCUCGAUCUCAAUCACAAUCUUAUCAACAGGAUUCAUCCGGAAUUUUUCAUCCAAAGAACAGGAAGCGGUCUCGAAGAACUCAGCAUAAUCAAUAAUCAUCUAAGUCAUGCCGACGAACUGAGAUCAAUUCUGGGCGCCCUGCCAAGGCUGAAAAUUCUUGAUGCAUCCCACAAUCAGUUUCAGGAGAUACCCUUUGGCGCUCUGAGAGGACAUCCAACUCUAGAGAGGCUUCAUCUAGAUGAUAACAGAUUGACAUUCCUCGAGAGAGAAACAUUUUCGGCAAUGCCAGCCCUCAGAGAACUGCGAUUGAAGAACAAUUCCCUUACUAAUAUGUUAGAGGCACCUUUUUGGAAUCUUCCAGGGUUGAAAGGGCUGGACCUCUCAGACAAUUAUUUCAAACGCGUUGAGCCUAUAUUAUUGGCGAAUAUACCCAAUUUGAGGCGACUGGAUUUGAGUGGAAAUGGAAUUACUGUUGUCGAGCCUGACUCCUUUAUCAAUAUCCCAUCCCUUGAGCACCUAAAUUUAUCGAGAAAUGCCAUAUCCGGUGUGCAUUCUAUGACUAUGGGUCAUUUGACUGCACUCUAUGAGUUGGAUAUUGGUUGGAAUCGAUUGCUUGAGGUAAUACCAGGACUACCUAAGAAUAUCGAGCAUCUACAUUUGGCAAUGAAUAGAAUUAUUAUGCUGCCUACUAUUGAGAGUCAAGAUCUAGCUCUUCCUGCUCUUAGAACAGCAGAUUUUAGUGCCAAUGGUAUUGAUAGAAUCCUUCCGGCAACCCUGAGUGAACUUCCAAACCUACGGACACUUCAUUUGGGCUAUAACUCCCUGAGGAUCCUCGAAGAUGGUACCUUUGAUGGUCUUGCCAGGCUUGAACAGCUUGACCUGAGGUACAACAGAUUGAUGUCCCUUCAUGGCAGAAGUUUCAAACCGUUGCGGUCACUCACCGAUCUUAAUCUGAGAGGAAAUCGGCUCGAAAUGAUCAGAGCGGACAUUUUUGCGGAUAAUUUUCAACUCCAGAGAGUCGAUCUUGCGAGAAAUAAUCUGGCCCAGAUUCCACAUUCUGCCUUUUCCAGUACAAGGGAUCUGAGGGAACUUUACGCAUCGCACAACACGUUGACCCAAUUACCUGGUUCGUUGCAUGGCCUCGCUGCCCUCGAGGUGUUGGAUUUGAGCUUCAAUAAUCUCAAUAUUCUGUCACCUGCAACUCUCAGCAGUUUGACUUCUCUCCUUGAGUUGAGAUUAGUGAGAAAUAAAAUUAAGGAGUUGAGGGAGGGGGCAUUCAGUCGAUUACCCCGGUUGAGUUUCAUUGAUCUGGAGAGCAAUGAUUUGAGAAUUAUCGAGAGAAAUGCUGUGAGGAAUCUACCGGAGUUGCAAGCCAUUCGAUUGGGCAAGAAUCGAAUUCAGAUGAUCCCGAGUGGUGCAUUCACAGACCUCCCUCUUCUCCAGACGGCAGAACUCCAGGAGAAUCGAAUUCGAGAAAUAGCCAACAAUGCUUUCAUCAAUGUUCCCCACAUUUUAUUCCUGAAUUUGAGUUACAACUUAUUACCGAGCCUCGAACACGCCGGAUUAGCUUCCCUGCGUUCUUUGGAGGUUCUUGAUGUUAGUAAAAAUCGUCUCACCGGCGUUACCAUGGACAGCCUAGCCACCCUCGAGUGGCUUGUUGAAUUGAAGAUGGAUCAAAAUCGUAUCUGUGGUAUUCAAGGCUUGCCCUUCGAUAAUAUGUCUCGUUUACGAGUCCUUAGUAUGAGAAAGAAUCGAAUGACAUCAGUUCCUGAGAAUGCAUUCAAACGAUUAAGAUCGAACAUUGCGGUAUUGGAUAUCGAUGAAAAUCCCCUGGCCUGCUCUUGUGGAAUGAUUUGGCUGAGAGGAUGGCUGCAGCAGGGUUCAUCAGAGGGUCCCAGAUGUGCUGAUGGCACUUUAUUUAGAGAAAUGCGUCUCACUCGACAGGACUGUAUAUCAAGGAAAUACGUGGAAUCAGUUCAUCCUGGGUGCGAAGCAGAAAUUAUCUAUCAAACCACUGGAUCUUCUUUCUUCGGAGAGAAUGCCUCAACAUCUUGGAUGAAUUUCCAAAACGCAUCGAAAUUCGCCAACACACCCGAAGACUAUAUGUACGAUGACUAUCCAGACUACAAAUUUGACAACAUGUCGGAUCAAACCACAAGCAAGGACUCGACAAAAUCCUCCACAAUGUCUCCCAAUACUCUGAAUGCCAACAUCCAGACAGGGACCGUCGCCUUCUCUCGCCCUUCCUCCACAUCUACUUUAAAUUCUCAGAUGCAAGUUCCUUCAAAGAAAAAAACUCCAAUGAUUCCCCCCUCUCCUAGUAGCUCAGGUUUCACCUUUUUCGGGGUUCCUCUUCCCAACUUGAACUUCAAUCUCUGGGGAAACUCUAGCAAAAAGUCUCAAAGGAAAGAAGAGAGUCGUCCCUCUCGAGGGAGAUAUAGAACAUUCCCUCCAUCAGAACCAGAUAUUCAAAAGGGAGGAUUCCACCCACUCCCAAGGCCUCAGAGUGGCUUUAUACCUAUUACCGAUCCAAAAUUUACAGUAGAAAACUUAAAACUCAAAGACAUGACAAACGUAACGAUACAGACUGUUAAUAGAACAGCUAUAGUGACUCGAGUAUUUAAUCCUCCAGGAAGGAAGAAGACAUUUAAUCCCUCACAAUUAUCAUCUCUCUUAUCUUCAUCGUCUCCACCAUCCUUGUCCUCUUCUAGAUCUCACCUGCUCAGUCAUGCAGAAACAACAACAUUGAAAACCACUCGAGACUCACCAUCAACCACAAGUACUCCAAAUGGUAUAAAAAUUUUCACUUCAACUACACCUAUAAAUUUUACAAUCCCUCCAGACUUGCAGAUCCCUUCUGAUUCCUCCAAUAAGUCAAUCUCAAUCUCAACUCAAGCCUAUAACGGGGAACAUUUGGAUGUGAAUUCAGAGGCGUCAACUUUUGUAGAAGGAAACUCAGCAAAUUUGCCAAGUCAAAUUGUUUGGACAACUCGAACAGUGAAUGACACUUUAAAAAGCACCACCACAACCGAAAGUAUUUACCACAUUAGUGAUAAAAAUAAUUUAUUUGAGCCUAAAGAUCAUACUUCAUUGAUCAACCCUGAGGAAACGACUCCAAUGGGUCCAGAGGAUCAGGUGAUUUAUGUUACCACUGAACAUUAUAAUGAAGACAAAAUUAGAAAUAUUGUUAAUGGGAGGGAGAGAUUCUAUGGGCAGAAUAACAAGGAGAUGGAAGCAUCAGCUCUGUCUGCUUUCUUGGUGCCUGGGGGACAGGUAGAAUUGACUCCUCAAAUUUAUGCGAGGACUUUGGGACGAUCCACUAUUGAGAAAGUAACUUUACCACAUUUAGAGAAUCAAAGUCAAUCUAACAAAUAUAAAUCUAAUGAGCCUUAUGUGAAAGCCGAUCUGGAGGUGAAUGAAGGAGAGUUGGAGGAAACGAGAGAUAGUAAUGGUUCUGAUGAUCCCUUUAAUUGGUAUUUUCAAAAUUAUAAUGACACCAAUUUAGAACCGUUUGUUGGAGUUGCUUACAGUGGAAAUAAUACUAGUAACAGCGACAAUUUAUUUAUUUCGAUGAUUUUAGUUGUAGGAGGGUUAUUUAUAUCUGUGAAAGGUUUCAUAUAAAAUUUGAAUCAUAGUUAUACUAAGAAAAUUCACAAGGCUGUACAAAAAAUUCUCC